CUGGCGCAACAUUAUUGUAUCGCGUGGGGCUGGCGCGAGGGGUCUAUAGGAGUGUUUGACGGGUGGAGAGGAAUUGAGGGACAGUCAGCGGAUUGACCCAGCAGGCUGACUGUUGCCAUGCCUUGGAAGUCGACGAUAUCCACUAGCAUCGAAUGGCAUGACUUGGAUAUUGGUGGUUGCGUGCAUUGGCACCAGUGGAAUCCUUAGGGCCAAGCACACGUUACUGCUGCCUACUCCACACUAUCUCUCAGAAACUAUCGAACAAUUAGCCGAAUGCUACCCAGCGAAAGUAGUGUCCAAACAGAGUUUGGCCGGUCUCUUUCCACCAUUGGCCCCCUUUUCCAACGCUGCCAUUCGGAUCCAUUCUUUCGCAUUGGCUUGCCCUCAACGCUGCUUUGCGGGAAAACUUGCAGUUGUCGGUGUCGCUCUGCUGAUCUUUGUAGAAUUGUGUGGUCUGGACCAUGUUUCUUGAUGAUCAGCACCUGUCAUUGGGGUUUCCUUCCAAUUAACAUAUCCAAGCACAACACAAAUCAAUUUGCAUGAUACUUGACAUCUGAUAGAUCUGCUGUCAAUAUAAAGGCUCCUUACUGAGGGUGCAACGUGACAGCCUUGUCAAC